AUGAGUAUCAUGAAUUCCUUUGUGAAUGAUAUAUUUGAACGCAUUGCCAGUGAAGCCAGUAAACUUGCAGCUUAUUCCAAGACGAAGACUUUAACUUCACGUGAAAUACAGACAGCCGUGCGUCUGUUGCUUCCAGGAGAACUUGCGAAGCAUGCCGUUUCGGAAGGUACGAAAGCAGUAACCAAGUAUACCUCUUCGUAAUAUCUUUUUGUUUUAUAACAUAUGGUGUUUGUGAACACCUUUUCUCGAAGAACUUGUUGGAACUUUUGUAUUUUGUGAAUUGUUUUUGAUAUCAGUCAACAAGGUCAUUCAAUAAAGGAGGAGUAGUAUAAGGACCUACGAGAAGU